AUGAGUCAACCAUCUCCUUCACCUAUUGUGACAGAGCAGCAACAAAACAUCAUCAUCUCCGAGACACAAUCAAUACCCCUCCAAUCCUCUUCUGAUAAUAGUAGUAGUGGUCUUAAUACAACUCUAUCAGUCAAUACCUCUAAUCAAAAACAAGAAGCUGAACAAGGAGUAAAACCACGAAGAAACUCAUCGAGAUUAAUUCCUCUUCCUACCCCUCCAAAACCUUCUCAUCACCAUUCUGAAUCAAGUAAUAUUGAUGUAACCCAACUACUCAACCCAAAAAACCAAUCAGCAACAAUACAUUCGAAACCGACAAACUUGUCCUCCAAAGAAUUGGAAGGUUUGAAUGGCGAACAAACAACUGUUCGCAAUGCGAAACCCUCAACAACAGAAUUACACAAUCCAAGUACAAAGAAAAAGGAUCAUUCACCCCUACUCCACUCUUCUGCUAGUGUUGGGUGUUUGAAUCUUGAUCAUCAACACUCUCAUCCGACAUUACUCAUCGAACCAAUAACAAACAUUGUUAUUGAUAGUAAUAAUAGUGAUAGUACUACUAGUAUUGGUAACAGUCCAACACGAGUACGUGCACUCUCUUGCAAUAAUUCUGAAACAACCCCCUCAAUAGAGGUCAUUGAACAACAGGCAAAGCCUAGAACUAUGAGUAUCAAUUCCAUAUCUUCUCUCCUCAGUAACAACAAUCAACAACAGCAACAAUCAUUAUUAUCAGCAUCAACAGAACAAAUGCCACAACAGCAACCACACACAAGAUCUAAAAGUAAUUGUUCUCAGGAUCUCUCCUCAUAUUCUUCCUCCCUUAGUCAUCAUUCCUGCCCUCUCCCAAAUAGUAAUCUUUCUCAUGAUCACCAUGUAGUAUUUUCACAAUCUUUUUCUCCACCCAAAUCAUCAAAAGUUGGAGUGCCAAUAAUGAAAAAGUAUCCAUCAAUGAAGGAUGAUCUUCUAGCAAAAAGCGAGCACAAUUAUAAUAAUAACAAUGUUAAUUCCGUAAUGGAUGAGAGUGAUUAUGUUUCAAUAAUGAAAUCUAAUGAGACUCUCUGCAUGGAUUGUAGAAAUAUUGGUUGUAAAUGUAUUGUUGUAACAAUUUCAAAUGACAGUAAUAGGGAAGAAAGAGAUGUCGCAUUGGAUCUGAUUGGAACAGUUCUACUUACUUCCAAUAGAAUUGUCUUUCUCAUUGAUGUUGAUAUGAGCUUGAAUCAGUACCCAACUAAUGGACAGGCAUUACCAAAAAUGAUUGAGGUUCAACUGGCAAACAUUGAGAUUAUCGAAAAGAACCCAGAGAAAAACAUGUGCAUGACAGUUACAGAGAAGAGUGAUACUGGAAAUGGAGAGUACUCUCCUCCUCCAAUACGACUCAUUAAGAAGUAUGAAUUCUUUGCAUUUGAUAGUACCUAUACAUUCCAGAGAGCUUUCAAAACAUUUAAUGAUAUGCUCAAUGUUGUAAGAUUGGAAACUGCCAAUGGCAAGGUUACAAAUCAUUUGCAACAUGUCAAAUCCAAAGAUGCCCUUUCAACCCUUAAAAAGAGUUACCUUUCAAAGAAGAGAGUUUCUGUGGAUCAGCAGUCAAACUCUGAUUCUUCUACAAGCACUUCUAAAAAAUUCCUCUCUCCUUUAGAAGAGGCCCUAGCUAAUAAUUUGAUUGAGAGAAAAAUCUUCACUCCACCAUCAAGCAAAUCCAAUGCUGCUGAUUCAAAACACAGACGUUCAAUUUCCCUCAGCUCUCCUGUAAACCAUGAUAAUUCCAAACAUUUCUCUAAUGGACAUAGUGACCUGUCAGAUUAUGAAGAAAGACGUACAUUCAUUUCUGACCAUGGUGGACAUGGUUCAACAUCACUCUCAGAACAUUCAGCCGAUGAGACUGAACCAAAAAAGAGAAGAUCCAAAAAGAAGGACAAGUCAGCCAUUCCAACUCUUUCUAUUGAACCUCCAUCCCAAGCGUUUGAUGAGCAAUUCGAUUGUAUGGUUGAUGAGAUUGUACACAAUUUCACAAACCAUACCCAAGUUGAGGUGAAUGAUAUUUUCAAACCAACUGACAAGAAGAAUCCUAAAAUGAAGACCCUUGUUACUAAACCUCUUGUAGGCAUUUCUGCUGCAGAGGUAUUCCAAUUAUUCUUUGCUAGCAACUCAAACUUUUUGAGACAAGCACAUGAAAAGGUUGGAGAUCAAGAAAUUGAAAUAUAUGACUGGGUUGAUUUCCAAAUAGGAACUCCAUCCGUGAGAGGUAUAACUUACAAGGUUGGAGGCUCAUAUCCUAACUAUUUCAGUGCCUUUACCCAGAAUGCUUCAAGAAUUUUAGAAACUCAAAGGAUAGUAGUGAUGGAAAAUCCUCCAAAAUUACAACAAUCCAAAACGAUGAAAGCCGAUGAAAUACCAAUGUCAUAUUUCAUUUUAUUCACGUCUGGUGCUACCCAAGAUUUACCUAAUAACCAAAUGUUCCAAUUCGAUGUCAAGUAUGUUGUCAAGGAUGUAAAACCUUCCAAUCUUCUCCUCAGAAAAGAAUGUGAAAUUCAAAUCAGUGGAACUGCACAAUGCAAGGGAGGAACUUUUUUCUGGAGAAGUAAAUCUACUGAAUCGAGCGUGCUCAAGGCUGUGAAAAACAGACUUUUGCUCAUUCUUAAUCUUAUGGAAGAGCAAAUUCGUGCAAUAGUUGAAGAAAAGAGAAAUACUCGGGUUGACCAACAGUCAAAAGCAUGGGAAGCAACUGUAAUGUCAACAAUGGUGUCAUUGGAUGGAGGUUUUCCAAAGGAUAUGCCUCCUCUUGACAGUUUACUACCUCCACCUCAGUGUUUAGAUUCAUCUCCUCCUCCAACACCUAGAAAACUUUCUGAUGAAUUCUCUGACAGCUCUGAUGAUGACUUAACUUAUGGAUCUACAAUUUCAAUGGUUGGAAGUGAUGAACCUGUGAGCAAGAGAGUUAAGACUGUUGGACAAUCAUCUACUUCUCAUUUAACUAUCACUCCUCCAGUUCAUUCAUUGAGUAGUAAUAGUCUCGAUAUGUCUCCUACCUUUGAUCCAAAAACCAAAUCCAGUAAGAAGACAGUAACACCUUCUCCUCUCACAACCAAUAUUGAGACAGUAACCACGGAAGAGGUUAUUGGGGCCUCUCAUUCAUCGCUCACUAUUACUGAUGAACGUCCAAGACAAUUAACAAGUCCAGGACCUCUAUUAUCAGCAUUAUGGGGCUUCCUAAUGAUGGUUAUGGAACAAGCCAUGGGUUAUAUCUCCACUAUUUUAUCGUAUCUUGUUAAGGAAGUUGUUGAACCAGGUAUCAAACUUUCGUGGGAUAUGAGAGACGUUGUCUUUACCAUUAUUAUACUCGUUAUCGUUUUCUCACUACUUUUUACAAAUAAUUCUGCCAUUAAUAGGCUUGAUGGCAUAACAAAAGAGGCACAUUUGAUGCAACGAGAAGUAUCGCUAAAGUAUUCACUCUCAAAAUCAAUCAUUCACAAGAUAAUGGACCCAGACAGUACCCAGAAAACACCCAAAGAAAUGGAACAAUCAAUUAGAGAACUUGUUAAAGAUUAUCUGUUUGAGAACCGUAAACUACAUACAGCUGUUGUUCAAAAGAAGGAUCUCAUCUCUCAAAUGAUUAAUUUCAAACAAUCACUCAAUGAAAGACGAAACAAGAUCAAACCAACAACCAAACUAAUAGCCAAUAAUAAUUCCACAUAUAAUACCAUAACAGGUUGA